AUGCUGAAGGCUGUGCCUUCAAAGAGUAAACUGGGCUUUGGAUCAGAGCUGCAGGUUGCAGCUGCUCCAUGGUGGUUGCCUGUGAAGGGAGCCAACUGGAAGCAUCCUGAGGGUCCUGACUCUAAUAUCUCCAGCAGAAUGGACCAUCCAGUUCUUCAUGUUUCCUGGAAUGAUGCUGUGGCCUUCUGCACGUGGGCAGGGAAGAGGUUACCCACUGAGGCUGAGUGGGAGUACAGCUGCAGGGGGGGCCUGGAGAACAGACUUUUCCCCUGGGGCAACAAGCUUCAGCCCAGAGGUCAACAUUAUGCCAAUAUCUGGCAGGGGGUGUUCCCAACCAAUAACACUGCAGAGGAUGGGUACAAAGGAACUGCACCU